GGCAGCCCUUUGAGGAGGUGUGUCACCGCCCUCAGGGCAGGAGAGGGGGACAAGAGGCUGCCUGGCCUCUCCCUGUCAAGCAGGGAUGUCCCCGGCGGGGCUCAGGCUGCAGGAGGGGAGCGGCUCGGCUCCCCAUCCCACCGAGGGGCUGCCAGUCCUGCUGCCUGCCUUGUCCGCCCUCCAACGGGGUCAAAAUCUUCAGCUUGAUUGGGAGCAGCCGAGUGACAUCCGUUGGGCUCAGUGCGCCAGGACGAGCAGAGCCUGAGCCCAGGCCAGGAGGAAGCAGUACAGGGCACGACUGAUCUCCCACCCAUUUCCCUGGCCAGAUCUGUGUGGGAACGUGGCAGGAUGGCUCGCAAGAUGAGCAUCGAUGAGCUGGAGGACCAGCUCCUCUGUCCCAUCUGCUUGGAGGUCUUCAAGGAGCCCCUGAUGCUGCAGUGUGGGCACUCAUACUGCAAGUCCUGCGUGGUGUCACUCUCCGGAGAGCUGGACGGGCAGUUCCUGUGCCCCGUGUGCCGCCAAACAGUGGACUGCAGCGCCUCGCCACCCAACGUCACGCUGGCCCGCGUCAUUGAGGCGCUGCAGAGCCGGGUCGAGGCAGAGCCCACCCCAGAGUCCUGCCCAACGCACCACAACCCCAUCAGCCUCUUCUGUGAGGCCGACCAAGAGGUGAUCUGCGGACUGUGCGGCACCAUCGGCAACCACCGCCAGCACAAGAUCACCCCCAUCUCUACCGCGUACUGUCGGAUGAAGGAGGAGCUGUCUGUGCUGCUGACCGAUGUCCACCAGUAUAAGAGGAACCUGGAUGAACACUUCAGCAAGCUCAUCAACAACAAAAGCCGCAUCGCAAACGAGGCGGAUGUCUUCAAGUGGGUGAUCCGGAAGGAAUUCCAGGAGCUGCACAGGUACAUCGACGAGGAGAAAGCCACCUUCCUGGAGAGCAUCGAGGGGAAGGCAGCCCAGCUCAUCACCUCCAUUGAGUCCCAGGUCAAGCAGACGUCAGACGCCCUGCAGAGGCUUAAGGAGAUGCAGACCUCUCUGGAGGCACUCAGCAACGAAAGCCAGCUUGAUUUUAUCCGGAAAUAUGGCUCCUCCCAGUUCAGGUCAGAGCUCCCCAGCCUGCACCCCAGCGAUGGCAUCUUUAGCCCUGUGUCCUUCAAGCCGUGUUUCCACCAAGACGACAUCAAGAUGACCGUGUGGAAGCGCCUGCAGCGCCGUGUCCUGCCAGCUCCAGAGACGCUGAAGCUGGACCCAGUGACAGCACAUCCCCUCCUGGAGCUCUUCAAGGGCGACACAGUGGUGCAGUGUGGGCUGUACCAGCGCCGGGACAGCAACCCCAAGCGUUUCGACUCCAGCAACUGCAUCCUCACCUGCAAGGGCUUCUCCUGCGGCCAGCACUACUGGGAGGUGAUUGUGGGCACCAGGAACCACUGGCGCGUGGGCAUCAUCAAGGGCACGGUCAGCCGCAAAGGGAAGCUCAGCAAGUCUCCCGAGAACGGCGUGUGGCUCAUCGGCCUGAAGGAAGGGAAGGUCUAUGAGGCCUUCAGCACUCCACGGGCCGCCCUGCCGCUGACUGCCCGGCCCCAGCGCAUUGGCAUCUACCUGCACUACGAGAAGGGCGAGCUGACCUUCUACAACGCCGACCACCCCGACGAGCUCAGCCCCAUCUACACCUUCCAGGCGGAGUUCCAGGGCCAGCUCUACCCCAUCGUGGACCUGUGCUGGCCAGAGCGAGGGCCCUACUCGCCCCCCAUCAUCCUGCCCGCGCCUGCCACAAGCCGGCACCCCCGCGUGCCGUACAACCAUCCUGCCCCAGAGGAACCCACGAAGCCGUAGCCUGGCCACGGGACAAGGCGGUGGCCGGCGAGGGCUGUGGCCGAGUCCCAAGGGCCUGCAGCAGAGCAGUCAGGCUGCGUGGAGGGUUGUCCUCACACGGAAGCUGGGGCACUGCAGAGGCAGCUGCAGCAGCACAGGACAGUCCUUCCCCUCUCCUCUAAGAGCAUAAAAUGUCAGCCUUGACCUUGGGAAUCCCCAUCCCGAUCUGGCAGGCUGACCCAAAAGCCUAAAACACGGCUGGCGAAAAUCUCCCUACGGAAAGGAGUGCCUGCCUGAAAAGCAUGAGCUGUGAGCAUCCGGGGUCUUUGCUGGCUUGUCUUUCUUCUGAAUAAACAGAGUUUGUGUCAGGUGAGCUGGUACCAUCUCCGAGGAACAGACCGCACCUGGAGCCAAGUGGGCAGCUGCAGUGCUCUGCGGAGGCGCGAGGGGCUAUCAGGAGGGGAAAGUGGGGGCCGAAAAAGCAGCUGCAGAGAGCUGUUCACCAGGCAGCAGAGGCCAGACCCUGGCAGGAGGACACCUGCAGCCUCUGCCAGCUGCUCAGGCGUGCAAGGCGGCGGGUGGAACCACACGCAGGGGUGCCGGGGUGGGACACUGUGCCUGGGGCGCGGGCUGAGGCAGUGAGGGCACAGCGGGGAGCGUGGCCCGGCCGGCUGGGCCACCCUGCAGAGAGCGCGGCACAGCUCAGGGCUCUCUGUCCUGCUAACCGCAGUCGCCUGGGACCCGCUCCCAGGGCUCGGCACCAAAAUUUGCAUCUGGCCCGUGCCAACCGAGAGGCUAGGGCACAAAACACGCCGUUACUAGGCAUGAGGCGCGCCCGCCAAAUUAACGUGGUUUCACACGGGGUUCUUACACCGCAAACGCUCAGGUACCGCACGACCGAUCGCUAGCACCCACGCUUCCCGUUACUGGCACAGUAAGACUGCGCAAAGCAAUGGUAUUGCUGCAGCACUGUUGCUGCUUGUCUAUGAAUGCAGAGGUCCCUCGAGUCAGUCUGCUGGAGUUACUGAUCUAUGACGCCAGGUGACGCUGGGAGGGUUUCCAAGA